AUGGACCUGCUUCUAGUGCUAGUGACUCUCGUUCUUGUGUUGCUCAUAUACUUUGGGUUGCUACGUCAUGAUCCAAGAUUACCGCCUUGUCCUUCAAGGCCGCUUCCAAUCAUUGGCAAUCUGCUUGUCCUACAACCUGAUAGCAGAGCUCAGUUCCGAAAAUGGCGACAAGAAUUUGGCGACUUAUUCAGUUUUUACAUGGGGCGACAGUUAAACGUUGUCGUCAGCGGCCAUGCAAACAUCAAAGAACUGUUGCUGAAGAAAGGCGACGACUGCUUGGACAGACCUCGAAUGUUUUUUGACGAGGCUACGGGGCUACCACAGAAAGGGGUCGUCAUGAGUGCCGGUCCUGAAUGGAAAGAGCAAAGGGCAGUGAUGUUAUCUAUUCUGAAGGACAUUGGAAUGGGCAAGAACCUAUUGGCCGAGAAGAUACAAGAGGAGAUUCAGAACUACACGGAAGUCCUGGCUGGUCUAGGAGGCCAGCCAACCAAUCUCAGGGUGAUCACUAAUCUGAGCACCUCAAAUAUCGUCUGCUCUGUUGCUGUGGGGCGUAGGUUCGAGUACGAUGACGCCGAUUUUCGGGAGAUGAUGACCACAUUGGACCACAUUGCUGAAGAUUUGAGCAUCAGCAACAUGAUUACAUAUUUUCCCUUGUUAAAAUACAUUCCUGGGGACAUAUUUAGGGCCAAUAGAAUUCAGUCAUCUAUUAAGAAGGUCAUGAGUUUAGUUGUCAAACAUUUUUUGCAGUCCGGGGGUGAGUCUCCGGAUACUUUUAUUUCCGUAUACAUGAAAGAGUGUCAGCGCAGACGUCAAGCAGGGGAGACUACAACAAUGAGUGAGGAUAACUUGGCUAAAAUCAUCUUUGAUUUGUUUAUCGCGGGAACGGAAACAGCAGCCACAACCAUCCUUUGGUGUAUUCUCUACUCCUUAAACUACCCAGAGGUCCAGCAGAAAAUUUAUGAUGAAAUUGAAAGAGAGGUCGGGAACGAGCGAUUGCCUUCCAUGCAGGACAAAAACAAGUUGGUCUAUCUCAAUGCUUUCAUAAUGGAGUCUCAAAGACUGUCCAGCAUAACGGCUCUAUUCUUCCCCAGAAUGUGUACGUCUGAUAUUUCUAUAGCAGGCUACACUCUCCCAAAGGGAGCUGCCGUUCACGCUAACUUGGAUUCUAUAUCCUACGAUGAGAAGAUAUGGGGCGACAACGUGCAUGUUUUGGUGCCAGAAAGGUUUAUAGAUGAGAAUGGAAAGCUGAAGGUACCUGAAGAAUUCUGUCCUUUCGGGAUAGGCAAACGAGCGUGCCCUGGAGAAAGCUGGGCCAAAACGCUUCUGUUUCUGUAUCUUGCAGCGAUGUUUCAGAGAUUCAAGUUCCUCUCCCCCACUGAUGGUUCACCUCCUCCAGCCGACUACGUCUUUGGAACAGAUGUUUGUCCUGUUCCUUAUGAGGUCCGAGUUAUCGACAGGAGAGCGGAGAAAUAA